AUGGCGCACACAAAGAGAGACGAGGAGGACCUCACGGACCGCUUCUGCGUGCCUCUGUCCUCCCUCACAACCCCGAUAGAAGUCGGCGAGAUCGGAUACACACGCGCAGGCUCAUCCGUCUUCUUCGCCUGGCCUCCCUUUGGCCCUCUGCUCUUCGAGAACGAGAGCAGCGAUGCGCGCGACCACUGCGCCAACGAGAGAACCUUCCUGUCGUACCUGAAGCUCUCCGUGUACAUGGCCAUCGCGUCCAUCAUCAUCACCAUAUCCUUCCACAUCAAGCGCGCCCCGACGGAGCUCGAGCUCAAGAUGGCCAAGCCGAUCGGCGCCGUCUUCUGGCUCCUCUCCGUCAUGACUUUGGUGCUGGGCGUUGGCAAUUAUAUGAGGACUGUGAAUCAGUACAGCCAGAAGGCGGCCAUUGUUCAGUCAGGGUGGAAGACACAGCUGGUAAGUUUGGAACUUCUCUCACAUCCUCAACUCAUACGUAUUCUUGAGAAGCAACUCUACUAA